GCUUUUUAUUUUUCUUCUUCUGCUUCUGGUCUCUCUGUCUUCGUUUCUCUUGGUUCUCUCCUCCCAACCUGCGGCUCUUCUAUGCCGGUGCGGUCGGGGCUCUCCCUUUGAGAGAGAGAGAGAGAGAGAGAGAGAGAGAGAAGGGAUACUUGAGGUUGAGUGGCUGCUCUGCGUGGGAGAGAUGGCGGUUCGAGAGGGAAAGGAGCAGGACCCCCGCAUUCCGCGCAUCGCCUCCUCCAUCCGCGUGGUUCCUGACUUCCCUAAGAAAGGGAUUAUGUUCCAAGACAUCACCACGCUGCUGCUCGAUCCGAAAGCGUUCAAGGACACGGUCGAUUUGUUCGUGGAGCGGUACACCGGGAGGGACAUCUCCGUCGUCGCCGGAGUUGAGGCUAGAGGUUUCAUAUUUGGCCCUCCGAUUGCUUUAGCUAUAGGUGCAAAGUUUGUUCCACUUAGAAAGCCAAAAAAAUUGCCAGGUGAAGUGAUUUCCGAGAACUAUGUACUUGAGUAUGGGACUGAUUGCCUUGAAAUGCAUGUCGGGGCAGUCCAACCGGGUGAACGUGCUCUAGUUGUUGAUGAUUUGGUUGCUACUGGUGGAACUCUUUGUGCUGCCAUAAGCUUACUUGAGCGCGCUGGGGCAGAGGUGGUUGAAUGUGCCUGUGUGAUUGAACUUCCAGAGCUCAAGGGUCGCGAGAGGUUAAAUGGUAAAAAUUUAUAUAUACUCAUGGAAUCGCACUGAUCGUUUAGCUGCUACGAUCUGAGACUGUAUAUUUGAGGAUUUCUUUCCAACUUCCAUUACUUGUAGUAAAGUUCGAUUAGUUUAGCACGAUACUGCUUGCCUUAUGAAUCAUUUCUAGUUGAGGAUUCUCAACUGUUGCAACUGAGAUGUUUACUAUCAUACGAUACGAUGCUUCACAUACCAUGUUUCUUCA